UCUUGGAUGACUCCUGCCUGUCUCUUCUUUCCUGGGAGGGAUAAUUUCUGAGACACCCCCAGGGGACAAGACCUAGUGACUAGGGCCCUGGGCUAAAGAUGAAAUCAAUUUGUUUUUCCUCAUUUUCCUCUAUACAGUUGCUUUCUUUCUGAGUAGAUAAUUGACUCUGCACAGCUCCUCAUCUUCUUUCCUGAAGAGGACUCCCUGGUUUCUCCACCCAUGCCAGGGUUCUCAUGGAGCCAGAAUCAGAGGCAAAUGGAACUGCUGUCACUGAGUUUAUUCUACUGGGCUUGGUGGAGACACCAGAGCUGUGGCCUUUUGUCUUUGUGCUCUUCCUCUUUGCCUACCUGGUUUCAGUUGGGGGCAACCUGAGCAUCUUGGCUGCCAUCUUGGUCGAGCCCAAACUCCAUACACCCAUGUACUUCUUCCUGGGGAACUUGUCAGUGCUGGAUGUUGGGUGUAUCACUGUCACUGUCCCUGCCAUGUUGGAUCGCCUCUUGUCCCAUAGGCGUAUAAUCUCCUAUCAAGCCUGCCUCUCCCAACUCUUCUUCUUCCACCUUCUGGCUGGGAUGGAUUGCUUCCUAUUGACAGCCAUGGCCUAUGACCGAUUCCUGGCCAUCUGCCGGCCCCUCACCUACAGCACCCGCAUGAGCCAGACAGUCCAGUCAUCACUGGUGGCUGUGUCCUGGGCCUGUGGCAUCAGCAAUGCACUGACCCACACUAUUGCCCUUAGUACCCUCAACUUUUGUGGUCCCAAUGUCAUCAAUCACUUCUACUGUGACCUCCCACAGCUCUUCCAGCUCUCCUGUUCCAGCAUCCAAUUCAAUGAGCUGUUGCUCUUUGUCAUGUGUAUUCUAAUGGCAGGUGUCCCUCUGGUUCUCAUCAUCACCUCCUACACCCACGUGGCAGCUGCAGUUUUACGAAUCCGCUCAGUGGAAGGCAGGAAGAAAGCUUUCUCCACAUGUGGCUCCCACCUCACUGUGGUUUGCCUCUUCUAUGGAACUGGUAUCUUCAACUACAUGCGUUUAGGUUCAGAGGAGUCUUCAGACAAGGAUAAAGGGGUUGGGGUUUUCAACACAGUUAUCAACCCCAUGCUGAACCCACUUGUCUAUAGCCUUAGAAACCCUGAUGUGCAGGGUGCCCUGUGGAGGGUGCUCAUGGGGAAGUGGUCACUGACCUGAGCAGUGAUAGGCUGAUAAUGCCUCUCCUUUCCUGCCUUUUCUGAGUUGAGGGAAAUUUUCCAUCAAAGCAGUAACCUGGAGAAAUGAUUACAAACCAUUCAUUUAUACACUGUGAUGUUGGAAAAUUUUGUGUUAUGUAUCUGUCCAGCAAAGGAUCCCUACAUAAUCUAUUCAUUUACUUGGGAAACAAAUGUUUAUUGAUUUGCUUGUAUGAUCCAAACACUCCUCCUGGGCACUGGUGAACAAUCUCUGCACUUGUACAACUCACGUUUUAAUGA